CUUUUUCCAGCAUGAAGUGACUUGUGUCCAGGUCCCAGAAAGGAGGUCGCCCGCCUGGCCAGGAUGGCCCUCUGCAGGAGCUUCCUGGAAAAUGAAUUCCGGGGCAAACUGCUGACCCAGAGGUGGACACACGGAGACAAGGCCAGCAGUUGUACGACCUCAAGAAAUCUCCUGGACCAACACAGCAAGAUGAGCUUAGAAAAUGAUGACAAGAGAGCCCGCACACGGUCAAAGGCCCUCCGAGGACCCCCGGAGACUACGAGUGCAGAUCUCAGCUGUCCCACCCCAGGAUGCACAGGCUCUGGACAUGUUCGGGGAAAGUACUCCAGGCACCGAAGUUUACAGAGUUGUCCUCUGGCCAAGAAGAGGAAGCAGGAGGGCACUGAGGCUGAGCACCUGGUGUCCAAGAGGAAGUCGCACCCCCUGAGGCUGGCUCUGGAUGAGAGCUAUCGUGUGGACAGUGAUGGCAGUGAGGAUGCGGGGGUGAAGGAAGCCUCUGUCUCAGACGAAUCGGAAGGCCCUCUGGAGGAGGCUGAUGCUGAGAUGUCAGGACAGGAGCAGAUUCAUCGCUUGGAGCCAGCUGAAGGAAGGAGCCCCAUCAAGCCUCAUUUUGGAUCUAACCCCACCAGUAGCCCCUCUGGUCCCUCCAAGAGCAGCUACAGCAGCUACCAGGGAAUCAUUGCAACCUCUCUUCUAAACUUGGGUCAAAUUGCUGAAGAGACCCUGGUUGGGGAGGACUUGGUCCAGGUGGCCAAGCCAGUCCCCAGUGUUGUGCACCUACUCCAGGAGGAGACUACGGAGGGGGCCACCAGUGAUGAAAGUGAGAAGGAACUCUUUAUCCAGCCAGAAGAUGCAGAAGAGGUCAUCGAGGUCACCAGUGACCGUUCCCAAGAGCCCUGUCCCCAGUCCCUGGAGGAUGUGGCCAGAGAGGAGUUCAGUAAUCAGAAAGGUGUUCUGAGUCAAGAAGAGGAUGAGGAGGAGGAGGAAGAGGAGGAGGAGGAGGAGGAGGAGGAGGAAGAAGAGGAAGAGGAAGAAGAAGAGGAGGAAGAGGAGGAGGAAGAGGAAGAGGAGGAGGAGGAAGAGGAGGAGGAGGAGGAAGAGGAGGAAGACAGGGAAGAGGAGGCAGGUCCUGAUGUGAUUUUCAGGGAGGCUAUCUCUCAUACUUCUGCCCAGAAGGGCCCUGAGCCCCAGUGCCCAGAGCCACACAGUCCCAAGCCUGAGUACUCAGUCAUUGUGGAGGUUCGCUCUGAUGACGACAAGGAUGAAGAUGCUAGAUCCCAGAAGUCAGUGGUCACAGAUGAGUCAGAGAUGUACGACAUGAUGACACGUGGAAACCUGGGUCUUCUGGAACAAGCCAUUGCCCUGAAGGCUGAGCAGGUGCGCGCUGUGUGUGAGCCAGGCUGUCCGCCAGUUGAGCAGAGCCAGCUGGGCCCAAGUGAGCCAGGGAAGGUGGUGAAAACUCUGGAUGCUGUUCGGAAGAGCUGUUACAGCAAAGAUUCUUCCAGAACCGAGAAGCGUGAGAUCAAGUGUCCAACACCUGGCUGUGAUGGAACUGGCCAUGUUACUGGGUUGUACCCUCACCACCGCAGCUUGUCUGGCUGUCCCCACAAGGAUAGAAUCCCGCCAGAGAUCUUGGCCAUGCAUGAGAACGUGCUAAAGUGCCCCACUCCUGGCUGCACAGGCCAGGGCCACGUGAACAGCAACCGAAACACACAUAGAAGUUUGUCUGGAUGUCCGAUUGCUGCUGCUGAAAAAUUAGCCAAGUCUCAUGAGAAGCAGCAGCCACAGGCGGGAGACCCUUCCAAGAAUAGCUCCAAUUCAGAUCGGAUUCUCAGACCCAUGUGCUUCGUGAAGCAGCUCGAGGUCCCUCCUUAUGGGAGCUACCGUCCCAAUGUAGCUCCCACCACUCCCAGGGCUAACCUGGCCAAGGAGUUGGAGAAGUUCUCCAAGGUUACCUUCGACUACGCAAGUUUUGACGCUCAGGUUUUUGGCAAACGUAUGCUUGCCCCAAAGAUUCAGACCAGCGAAACCUCACCCAAAGCCUUCCAGUGCUUCGACUACUCGCACGACGCCGAGGCGGCCCACAUGGCUGCCACUGCCAUCUUGAACCUCUCCACGCGGUGCUGGGAGAUGCCAGAGAACCUCAGCACAAAGCCACAGGACUUCCCCAGCAAGUCUGUGGAUAUUGAGGUAGAUGAAAAUGGAACUCUGGACUUGAGUAUGCACAAACACCGAAAACGGGAAAAUGCUUUCCCUAGCAGCAGCAGCUGUAGCAGCAGCCCUGGCCUCAAGUCUCCUGAUGUCUCCCAGCGCCAGAGUAGCACCAGUGCCCCCAGCAGCUCCAUGACCUCACCCCAGUCCAGCCAGGCCUCCCGCCCGGAUGAGUGGGACCGGCCGCUAGACUACACCAAGCCCAGCCGUCAGCGAGAAGAGGAGGUUGAGGAGUCAGAGCCAGCAGCACAUUCUUUUGCUUCUUCUGAAGCAGAUGACCAGGAAGUGUCAGAAGAGAACUUUGAGGAGCGAAAGUACCCGGGGGAAGUUACCCUGACCAACUUUAAGCUGAAGUUUCUCUCCAAGGACAUAAAGAAGGAGCUGCUUACCUGUCCCACCCCCGGCUGUGACGGCAGUGGCCACAUCACCGGGAACUAUGCCUCCCACCGCAGCCUCUCUGGUUGCCCUCUUGCUGACAAGAGCCUCAGAAACCUCAUGGCUGCCCACUCUGCUGACCUCAAGUGCCCUACCCCUGGCUGUGAUGGCUCCGGCCACAUAACAGGGAACUAUGCUUCACACCGGAGCUUGUCAGGCUGCCCACGUGCCAAGAAGAGUGGACUCAAGGUCACACCGGCCAAGGACGACAAGGAGGACCCAGAGCUGAUGAAGUGCCCGGUUCCAGGCUGUGUGGGGCUUGGCCACAUCAGUGGCAAAUAUGCCUCUCACAGAAGUGCAUCUGGCUGCCCUCUGGCUGCCCGGCGGCAGAAAGAGGGCUCGCUCAACGGCUCGUCCUUCUCCUGGAAAUCGCUGAAGAAUGAGGGCCCCACUUGCCCUACUCCAGGCUGUGACGGCUCUGGCCAUGCCAAUGGUGGCUUCCUCACCCACCGGAGUUUGUCUGGCUGUCCCAGAGCAACGUUUGCUGGAAAAAAGGGAAAACUCUCAGGGGAUGAGGUUCUCAAUCCUAAAUUCAAAACCAGUGAAGUGCUGGAAAACGACGAGGAGAUCAAGCAGCUGAACCAGGAGAUCCGAGAUCUGAAUGAGUCCAACUCAGAGAUGGAGGCUGCCAUGGUGCAGCUGCAGUCCCAGAUCUCUUCCAUGGAGAGGAACCUGAAGAACAUCGAGGAGGAAAACAAGCUCAUUGAGGAGCAGAAUGAAGCUCUGUUUCUGGAGCUGUCUGGGCUGAGUCAGGCCCUCAUCCAAAGUCUUGCCAAUAUCCGCCUUCCUCACAUGGAGCCAAUAUGCGAACAGAAUUUUGACGCCUAUGUGAGCACCCUGACUGACAUGUACUCCAACCAGGACUGCUACCAGAAUCCCGAGAACAAGGGCCUCCUGGAGACCAUCAAGCAGGCUGUGAGGGGCAUCCAGGUCUAG